AUGGCAGGAUUACCACUGACCAUAGACAUUACAUGUUGUCUGGAUCUUCUCAGUUUUCUGGCUGUAGAGAAUGCUGUUCAGAAUAAGGAACCUCUUGUAAAUCCGGGUGAAGAUCUGAACAUUAUAUAUGUUACAGAAACACAUGUGAGGAGUGAUGACCAGAGUAUAGAGGAUAUUCCUACAGAUAACCAACCAGAUGACUGUACACCAACUGGACACCUGAGGUCUUCAGAUUUUAAAGCAGAUGAUCUUGGUAUCUUACAAGAUACUUAUGAAAAGAAUGCCAUUGUCCUAUAUACAUCAGCAUUUGAAAACAGCAAUCAAUCAUCUGAUCCUUUUCAAUGUGACCUACCUUUUGAUUUGUCACAGACUGUUACCCAAAUGAAAGAACAUAGAAAAGAGGAACAUGCAAGAACUCACACAAGGGAGAAGCCAUUAUCCUGUUCAGAAUUUGUUAUACAUCAGAGAAUUCACACAGGGGAGAGGCCAUACUCAUGUUCAGAUUGUGGGAAAAGUUAUAGAGUUAAAUCAGAGCUUGUUAUCCAUCGGAGAACUCACACAGGGGAGAAGCCUUUUUCAUGUUCAGUGUGCGGGAAACACUACAGCGUUAAAUCACAUCUUGUUACACAUCAGAGAACUCACACAGGGAAGAAGCCAUUUCCAUGUACAGAAUGUGACAAAUGUUUUACAUCUAAAAAAUUGCUUGUUAUACAUCAGAGACGUCACACAGGAGAGAAGCCGUUUCCAUGUUCAGAAUGUGGGAAAUGUUUUACAGAUAAACCAGAUCUUGUUAAACAUCUGAGAUAUCACACAGGGGAGAAGCCGUAUUCAUGUUCUGAAUGUGGGAAACGUUGUUAUGAUAAAUCGGAUCUUAUUAAACAUCAGAUAAUUCACACAGGAGAGAAACCAUUUUCAUGUUCAGAAUGUGGGAGAUGUUUUAAUCAGAAAUCAAACCUCGUUAAUCAUCAAAAAGUUCACACUGGGGAGAAGACUUUUGCAUGUACAGAAUGUGGGAAAUGCUUUGCUUUGAAAAAAUCUCUUAUUAGACAUCAGAUAAUUCACACGGAGAAACCAUAAUAAUGUUAUAAAUGUCGGACGUUUAACCGACAAAUACAAUUGUCUUAAACAUCAAUGAACUUACACAGGGAAGUAAAUAUAUCUUUGUGCUACAGUCAAAGUAAAGUCAAGAGAAAGGGAAUGCAAUAUGGAGCAUUAAAUGUUAAGAAAUGUGUGAAAUUAUCAAUAAACGUCUGUUAUCCUAAAAAU